GUCUCCCCCCUUCCCAAUUCGGUCGCUCGGCAGGAAGCGUUGCGUCCAGUCUUCGCCUAGGGUUGUCUGCGUUCCCCCAAUUCUCCAUUACCGGUGACCGAAUUCGAUCCCAAACUCACCUCCGUGAUGAAGGGCUGCGAUCUCGUUAACACAUUCCUACCCGACGAGCUCAUCAUGGAGAUCUUUCGUCACGUCGAGGCCAAAUCGGACCGGGACGCUUGCUCCCUGGUCUGCCGGAAGUGGCGCAGGCUCGAGCGGGCCUGCCGCCGCACGAUAAGGAUCGGAGCGUCCGGGACUGCCGAUCAACUCGUGGAUCUCGUCGUCCGCCGGUUCACGGGGCUCCGGAACGUUUAUAUAGAUGAGCGCCUCCCGGUGACUACGGUCCAGCCGCAAAGAUCACCGCCUUCCAAGAGGAAGAGACAUACCCUCCCAAAACCUAACCAUGCAACUGAGGAAAUAUAUGUGGAAAAUGAGCUGGAGCGGUUUUGUUUAUCUGAUGCUGGUCUUGCAUUGCUUGCCAAGAGUUGCAAAGGACUUGAGAAGCUAAGUUUUAUUUGGUGCUCCAGCAUCACAUCUUUGGGAUUGACAACAGUUGCGGAGAACUGCAAAUUUCUAAAAUCUGUGGACCUGCAGGGUUGCUAUGUUGGAGAUAAAGGUCUUAUUGCACUUGGUCAGAAUUGUAAGCAACUUGAAGAUUUGAAUCUUCGCUUUUGCGAAGGCUUGACGGAUACAGGUUUGGUUGGAUUUGCGCAAAGCCAUGGCAGUUCACUGAAAUCUCUUGGCAUUGCAGCAUGUGCUUGGAUUUCUGAUGUUUCCUUGCAAGCUGUUGCAUCUCACUGCAAGUUUCUGGAGAACUUAUCGCUGGACUCGGAGUUGAUGAGAAAUACAGGAGUAAUUUCAGUAGCUCAAGGUUGUCGAUCCUUGAAGGCUUUGAAACUGCAGUGUGUUAAUAUUUCAGAUGAAUCUCUACAAGCUGUGGGUUCGUAUUGUUCUUUACUGGAACAAUUGGCUUUGUACAGCUUCCAGAGAUUUACUGACAGGAGCCUUUAUGCUAUUGGGAAUGGGUGCAAAAAGCUAAGAGAUCUGACUCUCAGUGACUGUUAUCUCUUAAGCGAUCAAAGUCUUGAAGCUAUUGCUCGCGGCUGCACCAAAUUGACAAAUCUGGAAAUUAAUGGGUGCCACAACAUUGGAACAUCUGGACUAGAAUAUAUUGGACGAUUAUGCCUAGGCCUCGUGGAGCUGUCUUUGUUGUAUUGCCCAAGAAUGGGUAAUAGUGCUCUUCGUGAAGUUGGCAAAGGCUGCUCACUUCUGAAAGCUCUUCACCUGGUGGAUUGUUCAAGCAUUAAUGAUGAUGGAAUAAGUGCUAUAGCUCAAGGUUGCAGAAGCUUAAGGAAACUGCAUGUCCGUCGUUGUUAUGAGGUUGGAGAUAAAGGUAUUAUCUCUGUGGGUGAGAACUGCAAAUUACUUGCUGACUUGAGCCUCCGGUUCUGUGACAGGGUUGGUGAUGCGGCACUUGUUGCUGUUGCCCAAGGUUGUUCCCUCAAACAUCUGAAUGUUAGUGGAUGCCACCUAAUUACCGACACUGGAUUGACAGCAAUUGCAAGAGGUUGCCCUGAUCUUGUCAACUUGGAUAUCAGUGUUCUUCAGAGCAUAGGUGAUAUGGCGCUGGCCGAGUUAGGCCAUGGGUGCCCUCUUUUAAAGGAAAUAGUGUUGUCCCACUGUCGGCAAAUAACAGAUGUUGGCUUAGCCCAUCUUGUUACAGGAUGCAGCCGCCUUGAGACAUGCCAUAUGGUUUACUGCCCUCUCGUGACUGGUGCCGGAGUGGCAACUGUUGUCUCGAGCUGUGCCAACAUAAAGAAGGUCCUGGUAGAGAGGUGGAAGGUGAGCCAGCGAACUCUGCGAAGAGCAUACUCGGUCUUGUCUUUCCUCUGUGUGGAACUCUAGCUGCUCAGCGUGCAUCAUAAAGUAAGUGAAGUAUACCAGAUUAGCUAACUUCGUUUAGCUCAGAAAGCCAUUUUCAAAGUACAACCUGCUGAUUUUUAUUGGUCAUCGUUUGUGCUGUAGAUUUGAGUAUGUAAUAAAUGCUGGAUUAUAUGAAUAAAAUGAUAUUUGAUUGAGAGAAAAAAAAUAUUCAAAUUCAUUCAGGUAAACGAGGGUCUUUCCUGGAUAAUGCAGUUUUAUUU